AUGGUACAGAUCAUCUUCGCAAUGGAUAUACAUUUUCCACGGUGUCAUUAUUGGACAACGAUCCUCCUGCUAUCUCUGUUUUUUCUGAACGUUUCCUCUACAAGCACACCAUGCAGCCACUGUGAUGGUAACAACGUGACCUGUGUUGACGGUGUGUGUCUACCUCGAUGUGUCAGUGUGACGUCAUCUGGAGAGUGUCUCCAGUGUCUGGACUCCAUGUUCUAUGGUAAACACUGUGAACAUGACUGUCCAGACACCUGUCUCAACUCUCGCUGUCAGAUGAACAACACCCGUGUUGUGUGUACAGAGGGAUGUGUGGCCGGCAAGAAGGGAGAUAACUGUGGUAUGAACUGUCCUACAGCCUGUACACAGUGUGAACGUUAUGGUGAAGGUUGUACAGGACCUUGUAAGAAUCCCCGGUAUUACGGUCCACUCUGUAGAACACUUUGUUCCUCCAGCUGUACAGAUGGAUGUAAUAGGAUCACGGGGGAGUGUGGCAGCUGUAAGCCAGGUUACAUGGGGGACAAGUGUGAUGUUACCUGUCCCCCCAACUGUAGAGAUGGAUGUGACAAAGACACGGGGGAGUGUGGCAGCUGUGAGCCAGGUUACACAGGAGACAAGUGUGAUGCUACCUGUCCCCCCAACUGUAGAGAUGGAUGUGACAAAGACACGGGGGAGUGUGACAGCUGCGUGCCAGGUUACAUGCGCACAUAUUGUAAUGUUACCUGUCCACCCAACUGUAGAGAUGGAUGUGGUAAAGACACGGGGGAGUGUGGCAGCUGCGUGCCGGGUUACAGAGGGGACAGGUGUGAUGUUACCUGUCCCCCCAACUGUAAGGGUAGAUGUGAUAAGGACACGGGUGAUUGUGGCAGCUGUGAGCCAGGUUACAGAGGGAAGUUCUGUAACGAUUCAUGUCCAACACAAUGUAAAACUGACCACACCGUGGCCAUUACUACUGGAACAGUUGCUGUAGUCAUUGUGCUGGCAUUGAUCAUUGCGUUUUGGAGACACACGCAGAAGGGGAACAGAACCCACGCUAGCGGCACAAACGGCACCACUCACAGCGAGUACAGUGACAGCCUGGCACACAGGAAUCCCCCACAGAAGACUUGCAACAAGGAACCUUUUGACAGAUGGCCAGCGAUGUCAAAGAAAAUCGUCUUCUUUGUCAGAGACAAGAGCACUUUCGCAGCCAGUACUCCUUGUAGCAACUGUGAUGGUAACAACGUGACGUGUCUUGACGGUGUGUGUCUACCUCGCUGUGUCAAUGUGACGUCAUCUGGAGAGUGUCUCCAGUGUCUAGACUCCAGGUUCUAUGGUAAACGCUGUGAACAUGACUGUCCAGACACCUGUCUCAACUCUCUCUGUCAGAUGAACAACACCCGUGUUGUGUGUACAGAGGGAUGUGUGGCCGGCAAGAAGGGAGAUAACUGUGGUAUGAACUGUCCUACAGCCUGUACACAGUGUGAACGUUAUGGUGAUGGUUGUACAGGACCGUGUCAGAAUCCCCGGUAUUACGGUCCACACUGUAGAACAUCUUGUUCCUCCAACUGUACAGAUGUAUGUAAUCGGAUCACGGGGGAGUGUGGCAGCUGUGAGCCAGGUUACACAGGGGACAAGUGUGAUGUUACCUGUCCCCCCAACUGUAGGGGUGGAUGUGAUAAAGACACGGGGAAAUGUGACAGCUGCGUGUCGGGUUACAGAGGGAAGAACUGUAAUGAUGCCUGUCCCUCCAACUGUAGAGAUGGAUGUGAUCAAGACACGGGGGAGUGUGGCAGCUGUGAACCAGGUUACGCAGGGAAGUACUGUGGCAGCUGUGAGCCAGGUUACAUGGGGAACAAGUGUGAUGUUACCUGUCCCCCGAACUGUAGAGAUGGUUGCGAUAAAGACACUGGGGAGUGUGACAGAUGCGUGUCGGGUUACAGAGGGAAGAUGUGA